ACAAUGAUCUUAAAAUAUUAUUUUCCCGCUUACCCUAAGCCUUAAUAUAUAUGUUUGUUUAAGCUUUGCAGUUAAAAAAAUAUUUAUUUUUGACCAAAAGAAGACUCGUUCAAUAAUUGUUUCCAUCCGGAACACUUUCGAGGAUGACCACCCAACACCAGUGAUACAAAGGUGAAAGGUUAUUGAUGGGCCUGCUGAUGAAGCCCCACAGUGAAUGACCUCCCCGCCUCCCACCCGAGCCACCAUGCUCCCACCCAAAUUCACACGCUGGGGCACGCUCAUUGCAUUCAGGAUGUCCCAGUGGGGUCCCACCCGCUGCUCCGGCCUUUGCACGCUCCCCAAAGGAGAAGAGCCGCAGCCCAGAACGUUACGGCCCAGCAUUCGUAAAAGCGGCUCAUCAUUUAUUGCUCACGGAAGGAGAGCGUUCAGUGUGUCUGCAGCGACGAUUGUGAACGCGUCCCCAGCUCCUGUCCAGCCGUAUCUACGCUUGAUGAGGCUGGACAAACCAAUCGGCACCUGGCUGCUGUACCUUCCGUGCACUUGGAGCAUCGCCUUGGCUGCUGAGCCGGGCUGUCUCCCUGACUUGGGGAUGCUGGCCCUGUUCGGUACGGGCGCCGUGCUGAUGCGUGGUGCCGGCUGCACUGUCAACGACAUGUGGGACAAAGAUUUUGACGAGAAGGUGGCUCGGACGGCCACGCGGCCCAUCGCGCGUGGCGACAUUUCCCGCCUGCAGGCUUUGGUGUUCCUGGGAGGACAGCUUUCGCUUGCUCUCGGCGUGCUUCUCUGUCUCAACUAUUACAGUAUUGCUCUGGGCGCCGCCUCUUUGACCCUUGUGCUCACAUAUCCGCUAAUGAAGAGGAUCACUUACUGGCCCCAGCUGGUGCUCGGUCUGACCUUCAACUGGGGGGCGCUGCUGGGAUGGGCCGCCGUCAGAGGAGUCUGCGAUUGGUCCGUGUGUCUGCCCCUCUACUUCUCCGGAGUCAUGUGGACGCUCAUCUACGACACCAUUUACGCACAUCAGGAUAAGGAAGAUGACAUCAAAGUGGGCGUCAAGUCGACAGCGCUUCGUUUCGCCGAGCAGACCAAACCUUGGCUGAGCGGCUUCACGGCGGCCAUGAUGGCGGGCUUGGUGACGGCGGGGAUCCACGCUGAGCAGACCGGCCCAUAUUACGCCAUCCUCGCUGCAGUCACCGUUCAUCUAGCGCGCCAGAUUUCCACUCUGGACAUUGACAAGCCGGAGGACUGCUGGAAGAAGUUUGUAUCCAACAGGAAUCUUGGACUCUUACUACUUUUAGGAAUCAUUGCUGGUAACCUGUGGAAAGAAAGGCGGGAAACAAUCUCGUUGUAAGGAUUGGAGAUGAUCAUGUAAUAUUUUGCUUUUCAUCUGUGCAGUGACGUAGAAAACUACACAAAAAGCACACAAAAAUUGUGAUUAUAAAUUGUGAUUUACAUAUUA